CUCGGCGCGCAGCUUCCAGGGCUCUACACCGGCCGGCUGCCAUGGCGGAGGUGGGCCGAGCAGGCAUCCGCGACCCAGGCGCGGUGCUCCCACGGGGCUUCUGGGCUGCGGUGGAGGUGUGGCUGGAGAGGCCGCAGGUGGCCAACAAACGGCUUUGCGGCGCCCGCCUGGAGGCCCGCUGGAGCGCUGCCCUGCCCUGCGCCGAGGCCCUCGGCCCAGGGACGAGCGCAGGCUCGGAGCAGAAGGAGCGGGGUCCGGUUCCCGGCCAGGGUUCGCCCGGAGGGGGCACGGGUCCCAGGCUGCGAUCAGAACCCAAGCAGGGCAUGGCAUGUUGCGAACUUGAGGAGGCCCAGGGCCAGUGCCAGCAAGAGGAGGCACAGAGGGAAGCCGCCUCGGCGGCCCUGAGGGACUCCGGGCACCCCGGUCAUGCUGAAGGAGACGAGGGCGACUUCCCCGCCGCAGAUCUGGAUUCGCUCUGGGACGAUUUCUCCCGAAGUCUCGCCCGUGGCAAUUCGGAGAUGCUGGCCUUCCUCACCUGCUCCGGGGCGGGAUCGCAGCCAGAGGCACAGCGUGAGCUCGACGUGGUUCUCAGAACCGUCAUCCCGAAAACUAGCCCACAUUGCCCCCUUACAGCUCCCAGGAGGGAAAUAGUCGUGCAAGAUGUCCUCAAUGGAACUGUAACGUUUUUGCCUUUGGAAGAAGAUGAUGAGGGGAAGUUAAAGGUUAAGAUGAGCAAUGUAUAUCAAAUUCAGCUCAGUCAUAGCAAAGAAGAAUGGGACCGUAUGGCGGCAGAAAACCUGGACACGCACAGCGCCGUCACUAGACUGACACUGGCGCGUUGUCCCUGCACCAGGGCCGUGCUGCUGCUGCGCCUCAGCGCUCCUGUCAGGCCUCCGGCUCUUCCCGCUCACCCAGUGCUGGGCAAUGGCUUACCCAGGAACUGAAAGAAGAAGUAUAAGGAAAUGGUCAAGGUGUGGCCUGAAGUCACUGAUCCUGAGAAGUUCGUGUAUGAAGAUGUGGCUAUCGCGGCAUACCUGCUGAUUCUGUGGGAAGGAGAAAGGGCCGAGAGGGGACUAACUGCCAGGCAGUCCUUUGUGGACCUGGGAUGUGGAAAUGGCCUCCUGGUCCACAUCCUGAACAGUGAGGGGCAUCCAGGCAGAGGGAUUGAUGUCCGGAGAAGAAAAAUCUGGGACAUGUAUGGACCACAGACUCAGUUAGAGGAAGAUGCAAUCACACCCAACGAUAAGACCCUUUUCCCUGAUGUUGAUUGGUUAAUCGGUAACCAUUCUGAUGAACUCACACCAUGGAUACCUGUCAUUGCAGCCAGGUCUUCCUACAAUUGCCGCUUCUUUGUCCUCCCCUGCUGCUUCUUUGACUUCAUUGGAAAAUACUCCCGGAGGCAGAGUAAGAAGACUCAGUACCGGGAAUACCUUGACUUCAUUAAAGAAGUGGGCUUCACCUGUGGGUUUCACGUGGACGAAGACUGCCUCAGGAUUCCUUCAACCAAAAGAGUCUGUCUCAUUGGGAAAUCGAGAACAUACCCUCCCUCCGGAGAAGCUUCCGUGGAUGAAAAGAGGACUCAGUACAUUAAGAGCAGGCGGGGCUGCCCUGUAAGCCCACCUGGACGGGAGCUUUGCCCUUCUCCACUCCGGGUUGCUGCUGGCAGUGCUGGUCACUGUGACGGUCACCAGGCUCUGGGCGCCAGGGUCGGGUGUGUAGCCGGGGCCCGGGCCGCUGAGCGUGGAGCAGGGCCCCAGGCCAAAGGAGCCUGGCUACCUGGAUUUCAUCCCAGAGAAAAGGCUGAGCGCGUGAGGAACUGUGCCGCCCUGCCGCGAGGCUUUAUCGACCGAGUGGUUUUGCAAGUGGCGAAUGUAUUGUUAGGCGGAAAGCGAUUAAACACAGGAAGUUCUCGAAAUGGGGGUUUGAAGACCUGGAAUCGGGGAGAGAGCCUAUCUCUGGCAGAAGUAGCCAGUGAGCUGGACACGGAGACCCUGCGGAGGCUGAAGCGGGAGUGUGGGGGCCUGCAGACGCUGCUCCGAAACAGCCACCAGGUGUUCCGAGUUGUGAAUGGGAGAGUUCACAUCCGCGACUGGAGAGAGGAGACGCUGUGGGAAACAAAGCAACCGGAAGCGAAACAGAGAGUGCUCUCCGAAGCCUGCAAAACCCGCCUCUGCUGGUUCUUCACGCAUCACCCUGACGGCUGUGCUCUGUCCGCGGACUGCUGCCCGUUUGCCCAUGGGCCUGCGGAGCUGCGGCCACCCCGGACCACCCCAAGGAAGAAGAUUCCAUGAGCUGUGUCCUUGCCAGCCAAGGCCUGGUCGGUGGGGGCCAAACCAAGGAGAGCUUCCCCAGCAAUCCUCAGUGCUGCAGUCUCUGCUCCGGCUGUGUUUCAGCCCACCUCCUCCCUAGCCUCCCAUCGGCUUUCUCUAGAUCCUCACGCCGAUGAACCAUGUUUCAUAAACAUCACCCGCCAGAGAAGCCACAGUUACUCAGAAGCCCCCAGCUGGUUGCCUGGCUUGUUUCAGAUGCAGCCACUUGAAACGUGCACAGCAUCUUCGUAUCACAAAGAUCGUGCAUGGAUCCUUACAGUGUCUCCUUGGGGAGAGCAGCUGGGGAUGCCUUGCACAGGCCCCUCCCAGGGCGCUGUCCGACGCCUGCCCCACCAUGUCCAGCUCUGUGAAGAGGAUGGGGCUCCCCAGGAAGCAAGACCGUGUCUGCCAGCGUUUCUCACCACACUGGAGAGCAGCCGCUCUGGAGCAGGGAUCCACCAGACUGGUAUUUUUAAAAAAG